AUAAGAAUAAAAUAGAGAAAGAAAAAAACACUCACCUAAAACCCUUUGUUAACCAAAAGAAAGAAAGACCUAAACCCCUCUCGACUUGUUUGUUGUUCUUCUUCUUCGUUCUGCGCCGCGUUUCUCACUCUCUGUUAUCUCCUUUACAAUUUUUGAUUCUCCUCUCAGACCCAUCUUGCUUAAGCAUCCUUUCGUGUGCUUUCAGCUCUAAACGAGCCUUCUUGUUGGACCUGUGAAAUGGGUAAGCUUGGGAAGAAAGCUAGGAAAUUUGCCAAGAAAAAUCUUCAGUCUGUUGAGAAGCGAAACAGGAAGCAGAAGCCCUUUCUCAAACGGAAAUUCGCAAAGAGAGAUGGGCGUAAGGGAGUGAAAGAUGAAGAAGAGAAGAAGAUAGAACGUCCACAUAAGAAGAGAUGUCUUGAAGAAAAUCCUCAGGAUAUAGUCAUAGAUGCAGUGUUCAGCAAGGAUGAAGUUCAAGCUCUCGACGUUGGUGAUUCAGAUAGUGAUGGAUAUCUAGCUGAGGACUCUGUAUUGGCUAACACAGAUGGUGAGGUGUCGAUGCAGAGCACGGAACUUAAGAAACAGAGGAGGAAGCUUGCUAAAUCGAAUGAAAAGAAAAGUAAAGGUGAAGCUGUUGAUCAUCCAAUGCAGUUGGUAGAUGAAGCUGAAUCAGAUACAAUGAAGCGUAAAGUACUCUCCGGAUCUAUUUUAAGCUCUUGCUGUGACCUAGUUGAAGAGGAGCAGUCUGUUCAAGCAUUAACUAGUUUGUUAAAUUGGUAUCGAGCUGCAUGUCAUUACGGGCACGAACCAUCAGGAGAUACGAAGCCUGAUGUACACUAUUAUGACAUAGAAGACAGUGAGACGUUUGCCAAGGUCGUGGUUUUUGUGCUCCAAAAAGCUGAUCACACUUUCAGGAACAUUCUGGGAUUAUCAAGCUCCCGUAACAAGGAGAAGAUUUUGAAGCUGAAGAACAACCCAAAAUGGGAUAGUGUAAAACCACUGGUCAAAUCUUUCUUUAGAAGUACCAUGCAUCUUGUUAACAAGGCUGCAGAUUUGGAGAUCAUAGUCUUUGCGCUUACUCAACUUAGAGUUACUUUAGUAUUCCUUGCCGCAUUUCCAGAUUUGCUGCAAAAAAUGAUCAAGAUUUCUAUCGAUCUGUGGGUGACCGGUGAAGGGACUCUAUCACAGCAGGCUUUUCUAGUCUUGAAAGACAUCAGUAUGGUUUUUAACUCGGAAUGCUUCGACACCUGCUUAAUCAACAUGUACAAAGCCUUUCUACAUGACUCCGAUAUUCCAAAGACAAAUUCAGAGCAACGUCUUCCGUUCCUCAGAGAUUCUCUUGUUGAGCUAUGCUCUCAAGAUAUGCAGAAUUCUUAUACCAAGGCCUCUGUUUCUAUUGCACAACUUGCCAAGCUAUUGAAGAUGGCUCUCGUUACAAAGAAUAAGGAAGCUUUUGAGAAGAUACAUAGCGGGCACUACACAAAUUGUCUUGAUCUCUGGGUGAAUUUCAUCGCUGCCAACGUUCAGGAUUGUGAUCUCCAGCCUCUGCUUUAUACUAUAGUUCAGGUUAUAAAUGGAGUUGCUACACUAUUCAUUGGACCACGGAACCUGCUCCUGAGGGUUAAGUGUAUUCAAUGGCUCAAUCAUCUCUCUCGUACAAGCGGUAUAUUCAUUCCAAUAGCAUCAUUAGUGUUGGAUAUGUUGGAAUAUAGAACCGCAAAUGAGAGUGGAAAGCAAGAAAAGAAGCUUCAAGCUGUCUCAACUGUUAAGCUGCCGAAGAAUUGGUUAAAGUCCCAAAAUUUCCAAGAACAGUGUAUCUAUUCUGUGAUUCAACUCCUUGCUGUGCACUUUGCUCAAUGGAGCUUCCACAUAUCAUUUCCAGAGCUAGCUACUAUUCCACUCAUGAGGCUGAAGAAAUUUAACGAGAGAAGCACUAUGGAAGGCUUGAAGCGUGUGGUGAAACGCUUUGUCGAACAGGUAGAGUUAAAUAUUGCGUUUGUGCAAAUGAAGAGAGAUGACGCGGCUUUCUCUCCAAACGAUCAACAAGCGAUAGAAACGUUUUUGCAGCUUGAAAAGCGAAACAAGACUGCUUCGUAUACACAAUACUAUCAAAGCGUUAUAGACAAAGCUCUUGGAACAAAAGGGAAGAAGUGAGUUAUUGUAGGGCAGGAGAAGCCGUAUCACUUGGAAUUUCUCGAAUUUUGCAAACCAAUUUUCGCUGUCGUCCUUUUUUGUUUUUGACUUUCAUGAAUUAUUUUCGAAAAGAUCUAAAACAUUUGUGGAAUGAGUUUAAUCAGAUUAAAAUUAUAUUACCUCAUAGAUUACUCAUAUUGUUCUUUCCUUUCUCUUUGAAGAAAAAUGUUGGUGUACGAAAGAAAGAAGAAAUAAUCAAAAACAAUGUUUUCUAUAGUCUAUGUAGUAAAAAGUACUAUAUGUCGGAUCAUUUUAAUUGCGUUUAA